AUGGGCAGUAAUAAGCAAAUUAAGAAAAAAAAAUCGCAUCUUAAAGUAUCCAAAUCAAAGAAGAAAUCAAGUAAGCAUACUAAAAAGAAAAUAAAAAAGUUAGAAAGUGAGAAUCAGAAGCAAAUGCUCAGUCAUAAUACUGAAACCUGUUUGGAAUGCAAUAGUAAUUUUCAUACAUCUUUGAAAUGUCCUAGAAUCUGGAGAAAAUAUAUCUUGAAAGAAAAGAAUAUAGGUACAAAUAAAAUGGUUCUUCCGAUACAUACCAUAUAUUGUUAUAGAUGUGGUGGAAAGGGUCAUUAUGGAGACGAUUGUCAUGUGUAUGCUGACCUAAAAGAUUUGGUUAUCCAAGAAAGUGCAUUUUCUGGAAAAAACCUUGAAAGACCGUUAUCCAAUAUGUAUUAUAAUAUAAUUCUGAAGCAAAGGGAAGAAGAUGAAAAUGUUGGAAGUAACAGUACAUUCUAUAAGAAGUUAAACGUUUUUCCAUUUUAUAGACCUCCAUAUGCCAAUAAAAGAAGAACAUAA